UGGUCAUAUUGGUGGUAAUGGAAAUAUUGAUAAUUGUAUUGUAAUUUUGGUGUUUUUAAAUGUGAAUAAAAAGUGUUGUGUUUGAUAUAAUUAACAUCGAUUAUGAUGCCCAAAACAGUUGAUAAAAUUGUUGAUAUUGAUAUAUUUCAAGAUGUUUUCGGUUCAAUCGAUAAGAAUUUUAUUAAAUCAAUCGUUUCGAUUGCAAGUCUUUUUGAGGAUGAUGGCAAAAACUUUUUGAUGAUGACAAAAGAUUCUACAUUUGCUUAUGGUGACCAAAUUUGUAAAAUGUUAUCGUUAAAACAUGAUUCAUCCAGACCACAACCAAUUUCUUCAUUGAAUGAUAUGAAAAUCAUUCAAGUUGAUUCUGGUGACAAUUUUGUUGUUCUUCUCACUGAUGAUGGUCGUGUUUAUCUAGCCAGUAAUGAUGAUGUCUGGGAUACGAAAAAAACAUUUAAAUUAAUAACCGUCAGUAAUAAUGAUGAUCGAUUCAAAAUGAUUGCUUGUGGAGAAUCAGAUUUUCUAUUGUUGCGACAGGAUGGUACUGUUUUCAAAAGUUUUGACAGCUCUAACGAUUCCGAAAAAUCUCGACCAAAACGUAUUGAACCUGUUGACGAUUUAAGGAAUGUGAAACUUAUAGCUUGUGGUUUAAGUCAUUGGUUUGCAUUGACAAAAAGAGAAAAACUUUAUUUAUGGGGAAAAAACUAUUAUGGACAAUCAGAUCUUGAUUAUUGUGAUGAUAUUAGUGAGCCAACAUUUGCUCAAUUUCCUAUUGAUUCGAUUGAUAGUCGGGUCAAAGAUAUUGCUUCUGGCAGGUAUUUUUCCUUAAUUUUACUGGAAAAUGGGCAACUUUAUUUUUGUGGCAUUGAUUUGGCUGAUGCUGAUGAAUUCUUCUUUUUAAAAAGUGUUGUUUCACCAAAAUUAGUUCUUAGCCAAGUAGAAAGAAUUGCCACUUCAAAAUAUAAAAGAUUUGCCUUAGCUUAUAGUAAAUCAUCGUAUUAUGUAUGGGGGAGAAUUUACAAACAUCAUUGGCCUUCAUUCACAAAAUUGGAUGAUAAAUUUGAAUCAUUUGCAGCUGUCGUAGAAAAAUUCACUCCAUCACCAUUUACAUUUGGUCUAACAUCAACAUUUUAUCAAACUGAAGAUUGUAAUCAUCCAUUUACCAAAUUUAAAGAAUCGAUUCGUCAAUUAUUUAAUCAUUUACAUCUUCAAUAA